CCCGAGAUGCGGCGCGAUGCCAUAAUGCACAUGCGCGGCAUUUCCGGGGAAGAAAGUGGCCGUCAAUGCGCGAUCUCACUCCCUGAUUUACCAGCACAAUGCGCCGUUUGGCCGCUGUUCAGCAAAAGGUACCCUGCGUCUUUCUGACGGAGGUCAAAGAGGAGCCGUCAAGGAAGCGCCAUCUGCAGCACUUUCAAGUAGUAGCUACGGAGAAGCUGAACCCAAGAGCGGAGGCCUCCCACGUCCACAGUUCGAUAGCUACGGAGAAGCUGGAUGGGACCUGCUGCUACGUUUCCUCUUACCAGGGGAGGCCAUGGCUCUGGGCUCGGCUGGACAGGAAGCCCAAUAAGCAGGCCGACAAAAGGUUCAAAAAAUUUCUGCAGUCCCACACCAGCUGCAAAGAUUUCACCUGGAACAUUGAGGAGGACUUCAAAAGUGUUCCUGAGUGCUGGAUCCCUGCACUUGGUGUUCAGCACCAGAAUGGACAGCCAGUACCAGAUGACAACGGACACAUUCCAGGUUGGGUUCCUGUGGAGAAGAGCAGCAAGCAGUACUGCUGGCAUGCGUCCGCGGUGAAUUACGACGCAGGAGUAGCGCUUGUGUUGAGGCCCAACACGGACAACGGAGACGUCCUUGAGAUAGCCGCAGUUCCUCUCUCCGAGCUGCUCGAGCAAACACUGGAGCUCAUUGGAACCAACAUCAAUGCGAAUCCCUACGGAUUGGGCAGCAAGAAACGACCAGUGCACCUUCUGGUACCUCAUGGAGCUCUCCAGAUCAGGAACCCACCACCUGUGAACUAUAGCCAGCUGCUGAGAUGGUUUCACGACUGUGAGGAAGCGGAGGUAGAAGGUAUCGUCUGGCACUGCCUCAAUGGCACUCUUGUGAAGCUCCACCGCCACCACCUGGGAUUAAAUUGGCCCAACGGGGCCCCUUUCUUAAACACGAGACCUGUGGUUAUCAGCCUGAGUUUGGCGGUCCUUGAUCUGGACAUUUCAUCGCAAGACCUGUUUGCUGCAUUUUCAAGGUUGGCAGGACAGAGCUUUGAUCAUAUUCAGGAUAUCCAACUGGGAACAUGAGCUGAAAUGCAUGUGGGAUCCGUGAAGCCAUUCCGGAUUUUAUCUGAUGGACAUUGUGUAGUUUCAUGUUUGCAUGGUGGUUGGCUAGAGCCUCAUCCGCUAGUGAACUUUAGCUCUGAAUGAGUGCGUUUCCCUGAAAUUCCCACAAGCCAACACGACUUGCAAAGGCUAAUCUGCAAAGAUCUCUGCACAUCUGAGUGCAUUGCAGUGUAAAUAUUUGCUCCACAAAGGUAUCGGUCACUGCAGAUUUGUCAUUUGAAGCUAUAUUGCCAAAGGUUAAAUUAGCUAAGCAGCAGCAAGAGCGAUAUCAGGAAUAAAAGUGAAUAUAAUCUAACACUACAGGCAGCAUGAGCCGAUUGACCUUCUACAUUUGCUAGGUCAGAGUUCAUUUCAAACUCGGUGUCCUCCACCCAGAAACAAAACUAAGGAUUUUCAGGUGAGGCGGACAGACAAGGUGUGCCGUGAGGGGGGGCGUGAACUUAGACAUUCCUUUCUGAAGUGUACAUUACCUCUGCAUUUCUGCCAUCUUCUGAUCAGUUCAUUUCCAAAAUAUGGCUGAUCUUAAGAGUUAAGCUUAUGCUGCUGUACGGACAGCAGCUGUAUUUCUUGUAUGUUAUUAAACUAUUUAAAUCUAA